UCAUCAUUUGCAUCGUCAGCAAAACCAAAUUCGUGUGGCCUAUAAUUUCCCAUCAUCCCCCAAAUCUCUUUCUCCUCAAAAGCUCUUCUUCAGGAGACAAAUCAAUCCUUCUCUCUAAUCUAAUUUCUCUUUUGCUAAAACUUUUCCCUAAUUUCUUCUUCUACUUUGGUGUCUGAUCUCUCCAACUGGGUUUCGAAUCAAAAUUAGGUCUUUUUGAUUCCCUAAUCCUCUUGUGGAAUAGAAGAAGAUGACGAUUGAAGAUGUAACUCCGGUUCCAAAGAGGAACGGUUCUUCAUCUGAUGAAAUCGUUGCUCCGUUAUUACCAAAGUCUCAAGGAGACGAAGUUGCUUUUGAUGAAUUCAACGGAGCUUCGUUUAGUGGAGCGGUUUUUAAUCUCGCUACGACUGUAAUUGGUGCUGGUAUCAUGGCUUUGCCUGCUACGAUGAAGAUACUUGGGCUUGUACUUGGAAUCAUUAUGAUUGUUGUUAUGGCUUUCUUGACUGAUGCCUCCAUUGAGUUCUUGCUUAGGUUUAGUAAAGCUGGCAAGAAUCGAUCUUAUGGUGGUUUGAUGGGUGGUUCUUUUGGUAAUCCUGGAAGGAUUUUGCUUCAAGUCGCUGUUUUAGUUAACAACAUCGGUGUUUUGAUUGUCUACAUGAUCAUCAUUGGUGAUGUGUUGGCUGGAAAGACAGAAGAUGGAACCCACCAUUUCGGUGUUCUUGAAGGAUGGUUCGGUCACCAUUGGUGGAACGGAAGAGCUGCUGUUCUUCUUAUUACAACUCUUGGUGUGUUUGCUCCAUUGGCUUGCUUCAAGCGAAUUGAUUCUUUGAAAUUUACAUCUGCCUUAUCGGUAGCUCUGGCGGUUGUGUUUCUCAUCAUCACAGCGGGAAUUUCGAUUAUGAAGUUGAUCAGUGGUGGCGUGGCAAUGCCAAGAUUGCUACCAGAUGUUACUGACUUAACAUCUUUUUGGAAUCUUUUCACAGUUGUGCCCGUUCUUGUCACAGCUUUUAUUUGCCAUUACAAUAUUCACAGCAUACAGAACGAGCUCGAAGACCCUACUCAGAUAAGACCUGUUGUCAGAUCAGCACUUAUGCUCUGCUCAUCUGUUUACAUAAUGACAAGUAUUUUUGGGUUCCUCUUGUUUGGCGAUGAUACUCUUGAUGACGUCCUUGCAAACUUUGACACCGAUCUUGGAAUCCCUUUUGGCUCGGUCCUUAAUGAUGCUGUUCGAGUUAGCUAUGCGCUUCAUCUGAUGCUUGUAUUCCCAAUUGUUUUCUACCCUCUGCGGAUUAACAUUGACGGGCUCUUGUUCCCUUCUGCUCGUUCAUUAACUUCCUCAAAUGUGAGGUUCGGUUGCCUCACUGCCGGUCUCAUUUCUGUAAUCUUCUUGGGUGCAAACUUCAUCCCAAGCAUUUGGGAUGCUUUCCAAUUCACUGGAGCAACUGCAGCCGUUUGUCUCGGCUUCAUCUUCCCAGCUUCUAUUAUUCUAAAGGAUCGUCAUAGCAAAGCAACAAACAGGGACACGACCUUAGCCAUUUUCAUGAUCGUUCUUGCUGUAUUGUCCAAUGCAAUCGCCAUUUACAGUGAUGCUUAUGCGUUAUUCAAGAAGAACGCACCUCGUGAGUAAAUCUUGGCCGAGAAAGUUGUGUAAUAUCGUGUUUCUGGAUGAAGGAAGAAAAAGAAAACAUUCGUUUUUUCUUCUAUGUGAGAUCGAAUAAUGAAGAAGACGAGACUUCUCUUCUCUAUAUGUUUUUACCAUUGUUGUUGAGUGUUCUAAAAGGACUUUUUCCUUGCUUCUUGAUAGAUACCACCUUGAGUGUUGUUUAUAGAAACUCUGUAUAAAAUGUAAUGAAAUACAUAUUUUUAUUUUUUCA